UUGGUGUUGUUUAACGAAGCCGGAAACGAGGUCCUGAUCUUGUCGCCAUUGUCCGAGUUUAUGAUCACAAAUCUUGAACGACGAGAAACCAAACCAGGCGAUGUUGGAGCCCUGGAUUUUGGUCUUAUGGGCAGUAUCACACGGAUUGAAGCGCCUGGGCUUAACUUGGAGAUCAUUGCAGCGUUUGGAACGAAUUUCCAAGAGGCCUUCCAAAAUUGGGGAAACUACCUUCGAGGCUAUCAUGGGAAAGUGAUCGAUCAAGACAAAAACGAUCUAGUCAACGACUACUUGGGUUAUUGGACUGACAAUGGAGCAUUUUACUAUUAUCGCACCUUGGAGGGCAAAAAUUACGAGGAGACCUUGAUUGAACUGACUGAUUUUUUUAAGCAAUCAGGGGCAUCCAUUCCCGUUCGUCAUCUGGAGAUUGAUUCCUGGUGGUAUCCAAAGGAUUUUUUGCUGGCCGUUGAAGAGUGGUCGGCUUUGGAAGACAUCUUUCCUAAUGGCUUGGAUUUUCUUCAAAAUCGAAUUGGUCUCCCUAUUGUUGCCCAUAACCGCUAUUGGUCCAGGAAUACAACUUAUGCCAAAGAAAAUGGCGGUGCCUUCGACUUUAUUAGAGAGAUCGUGGCUAUUCCCCAAGACCAGGAUUUCUGGAACUACUUCUUUCAAGAAGCCCGUAAAUGGGGAUUGAAAGUGUACAAUCAAGAUUGGCAGGACUACCAAAUCGCUCUUAUGAAUGCCACGGUGACUGAUUUGAGAGUGAGCAGAAAUUGGCUGAAUCAAAUGGCUCUAGGAGCGGAGCUCAAUGACAUUCAGAUUCAAUAUUGCAUGACUUUGCCGAAAGAAGCCAUGGCCAGUGUCGAGACCAAUAGUGUGACUCGAAUCAGGGUCUCCGAAGAUUAUCUCUUGGCUGAAGAUCAAUGGCGCAUUGGAAUCACCAGUCUUUUUGCUCAUGCCCUCGGUUUAAAACCUUUCAAGGACGUGUUCUGGACCAGCUCGAGAAAUGGAGGCAACAAUUAUUAUUACGAUUGCAUGGAGGUGGCUCUGGAUGCGGAUCCCAAUGUCCCAUGGCCAUUGAAUUAUAGAUAUGUUGGGCAAGCUAGCGUGACAAAAUCUGGACACAGUUGUAUCCCCUGGUCAACCCUGAACCUACAUUAUGCCUAUCCCUUGGGAGAUUUGGUUCGGAAUUACUGCCGGAACCCAGUCGGGCUUUUGGCCGGCAACGGACGGCCAUUCUGUUUCUAUGAAGCUGAUCUCUCUAAACCGAUGUCCGAGUGGAAAUGGGAAAACUGUGAUGUGACCAUAUGUGACGAGGACUGCACUCGAGAUCAAUCUAUGGUCAAUGCAACCUUUCCUUACUGUCCAGAGCUUGUGGAGCCAAAUCCGGAAUUACAGGCUGCUGUGUCCACUCUCUCUUUGGGCGGCGUUGGUUUUGGAGAUCGAAUGGACGCUAUUGAUGAAUCCGUGUUGGCCAAGACUUGUCGAGAGGACGGGAAGAUCUUGACCGUGGAUGAGCCAGCACUAGCAGCCCCCGUACAACUACUCGAAAUGGCCUUUUCUGGUCUCCAUUUGCCUGAAAAUCCAACAUCCUCCGAGAUUGGCGAGAUCUGGAGCUCAUUCGUGUCGCUAGACGGCCUCAUUUACGGCGUGGUUUUUGGAGCGGAAAAUUCAAUUUCAAGACCAGUCACUCCAUGGCAAUUGGGGCUCAAUCUAACCCCAGGAGUUCAGUAUGUGGUGGCAAGGCAUUAUAACUCGGAGUCACUUAUCCUACUAGACGAUUCACAAGAGCUUUCUUUGGAGCUGAUGGAAGAGCAUGAGUUUGAGCUCUUGUAUUUUGUUCCCAUGAUGGAGAUUGAAGGGUUCCAGAUUGGUCUCCUUGGCGAGCGCCAAAAGUUUGUGCCUUUCUCAAAAGACCGUUUUAUUGGAGUGGGAUUAAGCAACCAGUUUCUCACCUUGAAAUCAACUGGAACGACAGAGGUCACUUUGAUCUUGAAGAGUCAGGGAGAGCUUAGCUCAAAGACAAUCAAUUGUGCAGAAUCAGAUUCAUCCGCUCAUGUCACUUACACCUAUGAUUUGAACACUGAAGAGUCAUUUUGCUCGUUUAAUUAAGAGUAAAUACAUCCUGGAUCCAACUCA